GAUCAACACAACCUGGAUCUGCGCGUGAAAACUGAGCGAUCACUAUGAUGACUCCUUCAUUCUGAGGAGAAGCUGUCCUGUAUUGACGCAUGCAGGCGGGUUACCAGAUGUUGGAGGGGACUGCAGCCCACCUAUGGAUGUGCUGGAGAGCUCUCUACCUGUUGGCGGCGGGGUUGGCAUUAACGUCUGAAACGCGCUGGCUGUGUCCGUCCUCCUGCCGCUGCAACACGUCAGUGCUGGAGGUCAACUGCUCGGGUAGCCCCUUCACAAACGUGCCAGACGCUCUCCCACCGGAAGCUCAACUGCUAAACUUAAGUAACAACACAAUCAAGAUUCUGGUGCAUCAGCAGUUUCGCAAGCUAACGCCACUGCUCCACUUGGAUUUAAGUGGUAAUCUUUUGGUACUGAUCGAGGCGGAGGCCUUUUCCGGCUUGCAAAACCUCUUGACUCUGAAACUUUCUCGCAAUUUCCUGAAGAUUAUUCCCGUGGGAGCGUUUGCUGGCUUGACCAGCUUGAAGUUACUGGACAUAAGCUACAAUCAGAUCCUGGUGUUGCUAGACUUUACCUUCAGAGACUUGGAAGCCCUGCAGUUUUUCACGGCGGCCAAUAAUGAGUUAGUUUUUGUUGCUCAGCAAGCUUUCACCGGACUGGCCGGCCUGCAGGAGCUUGACCUUGACGGCUGUAACCUCACUGCUGUGCCAACAGAGGCUCUCACUCAGCUUACACUCUUGAGAAGUCUUCGUUUCUACCAGCUGGGCCUCACCACACUGCCAAACUAUGCUUUCCACCAUUUAAUUCACCUAAAGGAUCUUCUCAUUUCCAACUGCCCCAAGCUGGAGACAUUAUCAGGAAACAGCCUCUUUGGCCUCAAUCUCACGUCCUUAACCAUCACACAUUGUAACCUUCACGGUGUGCCCUACAUCCCUUUACAUCACCUGGUAUAUCUUGUAUACCUUGACCUUUCAUUUAAUCCCAUUACCUACAUUCAUGGGAACCUGCUUGAAGAUUUACUUCGACUCCAAGAGUUCCAUCUUGUUGGGGGAUCGUUGAUAAGUAUUGAAAUCGGAGCAUUCAAGGGUUUAACGCAACUGAAAUUGCUGAAUGUUUCAGGAAACGUUCUCACCACUCUUGAGGUGGGAGCUUUUCAUUCAGUGGACCCCUUGAAAACUCUGGGGCUGGAUAAGAAUCCACUCACUUGUGACUGUCGCCUGAUUUGGGUGGUGAGAAAGCGCCUGAGUGUAGACUUCAGUGGACAUCCGCCCACUUGCACCACCACGGACCAGCUGGAGGGCUGGAACUUUUUGGACUUCCCCGACAACGACCUCCAGAAUCUACUCUCCUGCCGCCAGCCUCGAAUUCUGAACCGCAAAUCUCAAGGAGUGAGAGUGGAGCAGGGACACACCGUGGUGUUUCAUUGCAGCGCAGAAGGAGACCCCUUGCCAUCUGUUAGCUGGAUAAACCCACAGCUAAAACAAAUUUCAGCCAUUGGUAGGAUACGGAGUCUUUCCAACGGAUCUUUGGAGGUUCGCUAUGCUCAGCCUCAUGAUAGUGGCACUUACAUCUGCGUGGCAUCAAACGCAGCAGGGAAUGACAGCCUGCUUGUCGGCCUUCUUGUCCAAGCCUUCCCAUCCUCAUCUUCUAAAAAACAAUUUCGGCUGAAAGAUUGGUCUGCCUUUCCAUCUGCCUCGCCUAGUGUGACUGGAAAUCAUAAACUCCCAUUUGAUGUCAAGACACUUUUAAUAGCAGUGACCAUAGGGUUUCUCUCGUUUUUUAGCUCCGUGAGCAUAUGUUUCGUCUUCAUGUUCUUCUGGAGUAAGGGCAAAGGGCAAAUUAAACAUACAGCCACAAUUGCAUAUGUGCCACGAAGCACUAUGUCGAGUAAUAGCAGACAGACAGGCAACUACAUGGAGACAGGCAGGUUCACCAUGAAACUAAUAUGAUUCAGUUUUGGCAAAAACUAACAAACUGCAAAAGCCAUUUAUUUCUGCUCAUCUGGAAUCAGGUCACGGGUAGCAGCCUAAGCAAAGAUGCACAGACUUCCCUCCCCCAGCCACCUCCUGCAGCUCUUAUGAGGCACCCCUAAGCCAGCUGAGAGAUAUAAUCUCUCCAGCCUGUCCUGGGUCUUCUCCAGGUCCUCGUCCUGGUUGGACAUGCUGGAAACACCUCCCGAUGGACGCUUCCAGGGGGCUUCCCAUCCAGAAACACAAACACCUGAGCUGGCUCAACUCGGUGUGGACUAGCAGCGAGUCUCCUUAACACACUCUGCUCCAAAGAGAUCUGAAGGUCAGGCCUUGGUGAAGCCACAUCUACAGAGACUGAAUCCCUUGGCCACCAAACCAGACCCCUUCCAUGUCUUGGCUGCUCCUAGAAAUUCUGUCCAUAAAUGUUACGAACAGAGGCUGAUCGAAUCCAACUUACUACCGACAACGCGGACUGGACUCUUGCUCCUUUUGUAUAGGGACUGAAUAGUCCAUAGUAACGGAGCCAGUACCCCAUACUCUCAGACAAAGUAGCCCAAGGGACACAGCUGACUCCUUCCUCCAAGACCACAAAUCACACAUGGACUUGUUAGGCAAACUCCCAUGAUCAGUUCAGAACCCUAGCAAGGGUUUGGCCCUGUUUCAGUUGAUUAGACUUUAGCAGGAAGACUGAGGAGUUUGAUUCACCUGUAACUGGAACACAUCCUCCAGCCACCUUCUUAAAAAUGCAACCACCAACAACCCAGUGUGCCAAUCCAGUUACUGCCCCUGGUGUCCGUGCAGUGUCCCAACCUAGACAGCUCUACAACAUCCAGAGCCUUGAAGACUCAGUGGGGAUCUCAUCCAUCCCCGGAGCCCUGCCAGCGUGGAGCUUUUUUAACUACCUCAGUAACCUCAGCUCCAGUAAUGGGCAAGCCCAUCCCAGAGUCCACAGACUCAGCCUCCUCUAGAGAGACGUGUUGGUGAUGUCCUCAAGACCGCUGGACCCCAUCUGAGCCCAGUCAGAGAGGCUGCACCUCCCAAUCAUGCUGCUCCAGGUAACACUGCCGUUAUCCACGUCAACAUUGCAGUCCCCCAGAGAAAAAUGGAGCCUCCUCUAGGAGUACUUUCUGGCACAUCUGCCAAGGACUCCAAAAGAACCUUGUUAUUUUAAAGGGGACCUAUUAUGGCAUCUAAUCCCUAUUUUAAACAGGCUUUGAAUGUCUUAAAAACAAACUUUUGAUUGUUUUUGCUAAAUAAAUUAGCCUCUAAACCAUGUCUUUAUCUUCCCAUUCUCUAACCUCCUUCUCUAUGAGGAAUUCUGAGUGGGCGGGGCUAUGAUAAUGAGGCUCUGUGCUGAUUGGCUGCCUGAAUGACGCGAUACACCGCUACGGAAAAAUGGCGGAAGCUCCGGCCGGCGGAGUUAAGCCUGAAUUAUGGUUCUGCGUUAACUCGACGCAGAGCCAACGCCAUAGGGUACGCGGCGACGCGCACCGUAGGCUCUGCGUUGGUGUAACGCAGAACCAUAAAUCAGCCUUUACACCGUGUCAUAACUGCAUGCGAUGCGAGCAAGCGUCAGCGACAAAAUCAAUUCCAUUGGUUUAUUUUUUAUUGGACUGUCCUAACUGGCCACAGCGACGCAGCGACGCAACGACGCAGCGACGCAGCGACGCAGCGACGCAGCGACGCAGCGACGCAGCGACGCAGCGACGCAGCGCUGCGCAGCACGAUACGGCGCGCCGUUUUGAGCUGAACAUUUGUCAGACGCCCUGCUUCUAUUUUCUUCCUGUCACUCACGUUGAAAGCCGGUUGAAAGCGCUGUAGGAAACAGUCACGGAUGAGGAACGGCUAAUCCAGUUAGUUGAAAUGAGAAGUUAUCUCUAUGAUUCCUCCUCAUUUCACUACAAAAACCUCAAUAAAGUGGCAGCUGCUGGAGGGAGAUGGACAGAGAGCGUCCGAUGUCACGCAGUGCUACGAUAGUCGGAUGCUCACAUGCAGUUACACGGUUUUAUAGUUGUGGGCGUGGUUUGCAUUUUGGUGACGAAAAUGCACCGAAUCUGAACGGCUCGUAGAUCCACAUCACACUGGACGGUUCAUCCGGGCGGCUGUACAGACACUGCAGAAUUUGGUUGCUUUCCUCCUUCUCUGAGUUGGCAGGCUGAGGGGAGACCACUUUAUAUACCGUAUGUUAAAGCAAGAGAAAACCUGUUUUCCAUAAUAGGUCCCCUUUAAACUACCUACACACAAACAACAGUUAGAACCUGCUCCCCGUCCCAAAGGCGCAGGGAACUCCCAAAAUGUCAACAUGCAGGCUCCAAGCUGGCUAUAAGUAAGCCCCGUCCAGCCUGACGCCUCCAGGAAAAAAAAUGGCGGCCUCCUGCCAGGGGAAUCUUCAAGGUGGAACAAGUCCAGCUCCUCCUGAGGACAUUGGUUUGGAACCUGUACAGUGCAUGGAGGUGAUUUUAUUUAGCCGUCCCGAUCAAACUUCCCUUAGCACAACCCGCAUGGCCCGCAUGGCCUGCAUGGCCCCUCCUGCUGAGCACCAAAACAUAGCUAAAGCUAAAUAUUUGUUUUAAUUUUAAUUUCUGGAUAGAUAUCACAUUUUCGAGUAGGUAAAAUAUUUCCAAGAGAGUACAAGUGGGUAAGAUAUUUCCAAGAGAGUACAACUGUUCAUAAAAAUUAAAUUUUAGCAUGUCAUGUUUUAAUGUUUCAUGUUCUUAACAAACAACAAAAAUAGAAUAAGUUAACAGCAUGGACAGGGUAUGUAUAUAAGGUAUAAAUGUGUCACAACUGGUCAUACUCUGUAUUGCCUAUGUUUUUAUGUUUAUUAAUAUAAACAAUUUCAGAAAUCAUGAGAAACAGAUCUGCUUGGCUGAAUAAUCUCUUAAUAUGCUUCUUUGUUUUGUUCAUUGGGUCUAUAAGAAACCAUUUAAAUAGUGUAUUUCUUGAAAUUAUAGUUAUAAUAGACCUCAUAGAGGGCAACGCAACGAUGGGAACGCUUACCUUACAUUAAGGUUAUUGCCAGCUGCACAGUCUGUAGAGCAUCUUAUUUCUUAGUAAUUACAAUUUUAUGGUAUAUGUUGGACUUAUUAUUAACAUUUUUUCUAAUUUCACACCCUAAAAAUGGCAUUAAUGAAAACUGAACUUUGAGCUUUGAAAACCAUUUUUUUCUUGGUUUAUC